CUAAUUUAUCCUAAUUCUUAUGGAAUCACAAACGAACUUACUUAUUGAAACCGAACAGCUUGCUGAGUUGAUCCAAAACAACCCAGAGGGAGUGAAACUUGUCUGCGGAACUUGGAACUUAGGUGCUGAUGCUAUGGAUCCAAAAGAACAAUUCAAUGAAGCUCAUAUUGAAGGAAGCGUCUACUUUAACCUCCAAGAAAUCGCAGAUACUUCAUCUGGAUUCCUUGCUACUUGGCCAUCUGAGGAGUUUUUCAUCAGCGAGAUGAAAAGACUUGGUAUUAGGAAAGAUCAGACCAUUGUUUUGUACGAUCAUAUCAACAUCUUUUCUGUCUGCAGACCUGCCUAUAUGCUCAGAGCUUUUGGAGCAAAAGACGUACGUGUUCUGAAUGGCUGCCUCAAAAAAUGGAUCGAUGAAGGGAGGAAAGUCUCCACUGGAUAUCCUAAAGACGUCAAUGAUACUUCUGAAGAAGGAUAUGAUUAUGAACUUGUUAAAGACUCAGUCGAUUUUUACGAAUCAACCUUUGAGAAAGUAGCUGCUGCUGAAAAAGGCGAAACAGAUGAUUAUGAGUUCGUUGAUGUUAGAAAUGCUGCUAAUUUUGAGAAAGGAACUCCUCCAGGCUUCAAAAACUCCUUCUGUUUCGAUUAUGUCACUGCGGACAAGUCUACUUUUAAGUCAAAGGAAGAGAUCGAGAAGCAAUUGCUCGAGGAUGGUGUUGAUGUCAACAAGCAUAUUGUGUUCUCUUGCGGAGCAGGAGUUACUGCCUGUAUCAGUGAAUUAGCUGCAAGAAUUGCUGGAGCUCAAAAGACUUCCAUCUAUGACGGAUCUUAUCAGGAAUAUUGCAAAAAAGGUAGACCAGAAUGUCUCCAAAAUUAA